CUUCAUGUCAAUUGUCAAGUCAGCUCGAUUGUCAGUACCCACGCAGGCGCCCGGGCAUGCAACAAUGGACGCGGUGAUUAGGAGGCGAGGCGCCUAUGUGUGCCGCAGCUGCACCCAGACCCUCCAGAGGCGGUUGCGGCGGGCGUACUCGAGCACGGCGGCGCAGCAACCCGACAUUUACGAUGUGGUCUGCGUCGGGGGAGGCCCCGCGGGGCUCAGUCUGCUGACGGCGCUGCGCGCGAAUCCCGUCACGGCACACCUCCGGAUCGCCCUCGUCGAAGCCCAGGACCUGGCCAAGACCAGAUCGUGGAAGCUGCCCCCCAACAAAUUCUCGAACCGGUGCAGCUCCCUGACGCCCUCGUCCGUUCAGUUUCUCGAGGAGAUUGGCGCUUGGAAACACUUGGAGCGAGACCGGGUCCAGGCGUACCAGGAGAUGCAGGUGUGGGAUGGCGUGACGGGUGCGCGCAUCGAGUUCGACUGGGCCCCGGGCACGGCCUCUGCUGCCGGGACCACCAUCGCGUAUAUGAACGAAAACUUGAACCUGACAUCCGGUCUCCUGAAGCGGAUCGAGGAGCUAGGCGGCGUGUCCGUGUUCGACAAGGCAAAGGUCGAGAGCAUAGCCUACGCGGAGGAGACCGACGAGUUGGAUCUGCGGGAGUGGCCCGUUGUCCGCUUGUCCGGGGGCAAGCAGCUGGCUGCGCGACUCCUGGUCGGCGCUGACGGAGCCAACAGCCCUGUGCGCUCCUUUGCCGGCAUCGAGGCUCGCGGCUGGGACUACAACCGCCACGGCGUCGUGGCUACUCUCGAGAUGGAAGGGGAGGGCUGGGGCGGACGAGAGACCAAGAUCGCCUAUCAGCGCUUCCUCCCCACCGGUCCCGUCGCUAUGCUCCCCCUCCCGGGCAACUACUCCACUCUGGUCUGGUCGACAACCCCCAGCAACGCGUCCCUCUUGAAGAGCCUCUCGGCCGAGGACUUCGUCGCCAUGGUGAACGCCGCCUUUCGGCUGAGCCCUGCGGAUCUCGAAUACAUGCACACGCAGGAUUCGGGCCAGGCGGACGAGUACUCGUGGAGGCUGGAGCACACCCCGUUCGACCAUCGGGCCGUUCCCCAGACGGUCGUGGGCGUUCAGGAGGGCACCGUCGCCUCGUUCCCCCUGAAGAUGCGGCACGCCGACACCUACAUUGCCGAGCGCGUCGCCCUCAUCGGCGAUGCAGCCCACACGAUCCACCCCCUCGCGGGCCAGGGCUUGAACCAGGGACAGGGCGACGUGCAGAGCCUCGCCAAGACGAUCCAGUACGCGGUCAGCCAUGGCCAGGAUAUCGGCGUCACCAUGUCGCUCGAGCCGUACGUCUCCGAGCGCUAUGCGGCGAACCAUGUGCUUCUAGGGGUCUGCGAUAAGCUGCACAAGCUCUACUCGGUUGGCAGCGGCCCUCUGGUGCCCCUCAGGUCGAUUGGCCUGAGUGCCGUCAACGCCCUUGGGCCGCUCAAGACCUUCCUCAUGAACCAGGCGGCUGGAAACGGUAUCAAGGUCUUCUGACCGCCGGGGUUUUACCAAGAGUUCACAUGCCGCGUGGACUUGUCACACUUCCAGACAGCCCAGCCCCCGUUGUACAAAUAUGUUUGCCACCAUGUAUCAUACCUCUCCUGUAAGAUGUUGGACUUUUUCGAGUUGAGAUGCAGGGCAGUUCUUUAAACCCAGUCAUCAAACAUUAGUUACGAGGCAGAUGGGCACGGCUCGUUACGGGUUACGGGCCCGAGCCCUUCCUGCUACUGCAGACAGGCGCAAUAUCAUCUUCCUUUGGUCAG